AUGCGCCAGAUGCAGACGGGAGACGCAGAUGCAGCCGCCGGGGCUGAGCUGGAACCGGCCGGCGCUGCACUCUGUGGGACAGUAACCGUGAAUCCAGGUCGACCGUCCGACGGACGAGCACGAUUGUACAACAGCAGAGCCCCUUUCAAACCGUCGCACGGCACCAGAUUUGAUCAUGAAACACCGUCGUCAUAG